ACUACAUCCUUCCGUCUCCAUCCCGGUAGCUGUCGCCGGUCGUCCCGUCGACCCCGUCCGUCCCCGCCGUCUUCGUCUUCUCCCUUUUCACGACCAGGCGCGCUUGCACGGCCUGGGCCUGGCACACACACCCUUGUAUCGGCCGGGAAGCUGCUGGUAAGUGGUAACCAUGGCCGGAGCCCCGCCCCCGCUGCUCCUCGCGCUGCUGGGCCUCGCGGCCCUCGCCGCGGCGGGCGGCGCCAAUGCGGCCGGGAGGAAGACGGUCGGCGUGUACGAGCUCAGGAAGGGCGAUUUCUCCGUCAGGGUCACCAACUGGGGCGCCACCCUCACCUCCGUCGUCCUGCCCGACUCCAGAGGGAACUUGGCUGACGUUGUCCUCGGCUACGACACCAUUGCUGAAUAUGUGAAUGGCUCUGCAUAUUUUGGAGCGCUCGUCGGACGCGUAGCCAACCGGGUAGCUAAUGCGCGCUUCGUGCUCGACGGAAAAGUCUACCAUCUGUAUCGCAACGAUGGCAAGAACGCACUCCACGGUGGUAAGAGGGGCUUCAGCAAAGUUAUAUGGACGGUCAAGGAGUACGUCGGUGGCGGCGACUCCCCGUACAUCACGUUGUACUACCACAGCUUUGACGGCGAAGAAGGGUUCCCUGGCGACCUGGACGUGUACGUGACGUACCGUCUGUCGGGCCCCUACGAGCUGAGCCUGCGCAUGAACGCGACGGCGCUGAGCAGGGCGACGCCGGUGAACCUGGUGAACCACGCGUACUGGAACCUGGGCGGGCACGGCAGCGGCGACGUCCUCCGCCACACGGUGCAGCUGCUGGCGUCGCGGUACACGCCCGUGGACGCGGGCCUGAUCCCGACUGGCGCGGUGGCGCCCGUGGCCGGCACGCCCUACGACCUCCGCGCCCCGACCCGCCUGGGCGCGCGCCUCCGCGAGGUCUCCGGCGGCAAGGCCGGCGUGUACGGGUACGACACCAACUUCGCCGUGGACGGGGAGGCCCGGGCGCUGCGGAAGGUGGCCGCGGUCCGGGACGGCGGCGCGUCGGGGCGGGCGCUGGAGCUGUGGGCGGACCAGCCCGGGGUGCAGUUCUACACGGGCAACUUCCUGGCGGGCGUGAAGGGGAAGGGCGGCGCGGUGUACGGGCAGCACGCCGCGCUGUGCCUGGAGACGCAGGGGUUCCCCGACGCCGUGAACCACCCCAACUUCCCCUCGCAGAUCGUCAGGCCCGGGCAGGUGUACAGGCACAACAUGGUCUUCAAGUUCUCGUUCUAGCCGCUGCGUCGUCGAUCGUGACGGUCACCUGGGACUGGACUGGAUACACAAUCAUAUCUGAUUCGGAGCCACUUUUGCAAAUUGUGAUGUUUCUCGCUGA